AUGAGUUACCAAGCCUACCAGGAAACCUACUCGCCCGGUCCAGCUGCCGCGUUCCCGCAGCCACAGCAUCAGCAUCAGCAUCAGCAGCAGCGGCAACAGCAGCAGCAGGAUCACGGGCGUGGAACAAUGGCCAACAAUGGCCCGAGCUUCUACAACCCAUUUCCACCCUCGCCGCAUUCGUCCCGCCCGCCUACAUCCCUGCUCAGCCCGGCAGCAUCGAGUCUGAGGCCAGGAUCGGCCGCUUCGGCCUACUUCACCCCGAGCGCCGACCCGGCUCCUGCCAACACCAACGGCUACAUCGCCGAUGCGCCCGCCGGCGGGUUCAACAGCGGAAGGCUGGCUUCGCCCAUCCCGCCCAUCAUCACAUCACCUGCCCCGCCGAGCGAGCCCCCCUCCGUACUGGCCAGCAACUCGAUCCUUUCCCCGCGUCCGAACUCGUCGACCACCGCGCCGGCCUCGUCGGACCGUGAUCGUGAAAAGGACGGCGGCCGCUCCAUCACAAAGAGCUACGAGACCAAGGGAUCCCGCCUGACCGGUAGCGAUGCUCUGAUUCGUGCACCCUCAAAGCGCGCCGGCGGCCUGCUCCUCACCGUCUCGAUCGAGGCCGUUGUCGUCAUCGUGCUGGCGGGCAUCGUCUUUGGGCGGAUCACCGCCGACAUCAGCAAUCAGGUGCAGGACAUCAAGACCGUCUCGGUCUACCUGGCCAUUUUCGUGUUCGGCAUGAUCUUUCAGGUCGCCAUCACCCUCGACGCGGUGCGGCUCAAGAACUCGAUCCAGGUCAUUGGCGUCAGCAUCUUCAACGUUGCCCUCGCCAUCGCGGCCGGGCUCGAGAUCAUGCAGGUCCGGGAUGCGAUUCAGGCCCAGGACAGCUUCCGCCCCAGCAUCCCGUGCCCCUUUGACGAGAACCGGCUCUGCCGCGCAGAGCGCGUCCUCUACCCGCAGGUGCAUCGCCUCCUCAUUGGCGUCACGGUCGUCUGCGCUGUGUUUGAGAUCCCCAUCCUGUUUUGGACCGCCAAGCUCUGGACCGAGUUUGGCUGGAUCAUCUAUCAAAAGAUCGGUGCCGACCUGCGCAUCCGUAGCAUGUUCAUGUGGUACCAGACCUUCAUCGUGCUGCUCAAGUUCACCUUCUUCUUUGGCGUCGGGUUCACCAUCUUCUACCUGAUCCUGGUCGCCGAUACGACGGACUGGGAGUACGGCGUCACGAUUGCCGCGGUGCCGAUGGCGGUGGCGACGCUGUUUGCGGCGGCCUUUGCGGUGCGGCGCGAGAUCAUGUCGCUCAUGGCGCUGUCUCUCUUCCUGAUGCUGGCCGGCCUCGUCUACUUCGUCUACAAGCUCACGCAGGUCUGGGUGCCAGCCACGGCGGCGCAGUACCAAUACGUGCGCCUGACGAUCACCUUCAUCUCCGCGUUCGCCAUCCUCUCGCUCGGCCUCACGCUGGCCAAUGGCAUCGUGUGCCUGCUCAACUUCCGCGAGGGGCUCAAGCAGGCGCACGACAGCAUCGGCCGCUUCGGCGGCGUCCGACGGCGGCGCGCGCGCGACUCGAGCAAGGGCGAGGUGCUCGAUCUGGAUCGACACAUCGACCCGCCCACCGCUCGACCCGCCGUGGCCCCCGCCGCCGCUUCCCGUCCUGGCGCAUACGCCGAAGACAGCCUGUACCUUCGGCCGCAGCACGACGGCGUCGCGUACAACGACGCCGCCGCGGCGCCCAACAGCCUGGGCAUGGUGCCGCAGCAAAACGCGACCAGGGUGUCGCUCGACUAG